CUCGACCUAACCCAGGUCCCGCCCUACGCCAUCCUCUCCCAUCGCUGGACCGACGACGAAAUCACCUACAAAGACUUUGCCAAAGGCCGCCGGAAAUCGAGCGCGGGAUUUCGCAAAAUCGAGCAAUUCUGCCACUGGGCUGGCCCCCCGCAGCGCGUGCAAUGGAUCUGGGUCGACACGGCUUGCAUCGACCAGCGCAGCUCGGCGGAGCUGUCGGAGGCUAUCAACUCGAUGUAUCACUGGUAUCGCGAGGCGGCCUUCUGCGUCGCCUAUCUCGCGGACAUUACGAAUUUCCCUACGCAGGAGCAGUUGGCGGAGAGCGAGUGGUUUGAGCGCGGCUGGACCCUUCAGGAGCUGCUAGCCCCCGACGAAGUCAUCUUCUGCAGCAAAACCUGGCGGGAGUUUGGGCGAAAAGGGCGCGGCCAAGCAACCAUUUCCCGCAUCACCGGCAUCGCACCCGAGUACCUGCACCUCCCCUCGACCGUCAAGGCGGCCAACUUCGCCGAGAUCCUGAGCUGGGCGGCGGGCCGGAAGACGUCGAGAGCGGAGGACAUGGCGUAUUGUCUGCUUGGCUUGCUGGACAUCAACAUGCCGCUGCUGUACGGCGAAGGCGGGCAGAAAGCUUUCAUGCGCCUGCAAUACCUCUUCAUCCAGCAAUCCGCCGACGAAUCGAUCUUUAUUUUCCGGGAUCGCGAUCCCCCGCUGAACGUCACGGGCAUGCUAGCCGUCGAGCCCGCGCAAUUCCACCACUGUAUCAGCAAUGACCGAAGCAGGCGCGCGCUGCAAAGAGCCCCCUACUACGUCACGCACAAGGGGCUCUACAUCGAAGGCCCG